AUGUUAGUGUCAACAUGUAGAAUAUUAGCUAAUUCGUUCAGAAACACCUACACAUUUAAACAUUUUUUUAGUACAAAUAUAGAUGCUAAAAUCCGUGAAAAGAUACCGCUGGAUCUAGUCUUGCCAAGUGAUAUUUCGGAAUCUCUUACUCUAUGCAACAUCAAUCAACUAUAUCCAAGCCAAUAUAUAAUAAUUAAAAAUUUUACAAAGCACCACAGAUCAAUAUUUUGCGCUAAGAAUGGCAGUGGUAAAACUACUGGAUUUGCAAUAUCCCUGUUAACUCAAGAUUUAGACAAGCCUGCAAUUGUAACUACGGUUAGUGACAAAAAAGCACAGGAUUUAGCUAGGUUUUUAAUGAAAGUAUCUCCGACCAUAAAAAUCAACUUAUUCCAGACAUCCACCAGUUUCUUGAAGCAGGACCAUAAAUCAGGUCACUCUUCAAAUGUUGUUAUUGGAACUAUACCAAAGUUGGUCAAUUACCUCCAAUCAGCACAAUCGCUAAGUGUAAUUGUGUACGAUGAUUUACACUUAGAAAUUAAUAAAUCCAUACAAGAGGGAAUUGAUAACCUUGCACGAUUAAGGAGGAUUAUCUGUGAACGUUUUGCUGAUAAACCCAUUGAGGUAGCUAUGAUUUCUGCGAUAAAUGAAAAUAGUUUGGUAUAUUUAAAUGAAAAAUUAACUGGAUUUUACCAAUAUGAUCUAGAUAAUGGCACAUCCCAAUUAAUCUCUGGGAAUGUAAACAACGACGCGGUGCCACUUAAGGCUGAAUUUGGAUACGAUUUUGAAAUGCAAACAAUAUUCUACAAAUAUAACCCCCGAAAUAUUGAACAUUUAGUUUGCAAGGUUAGUGCAGUUGGGUUUGGGCACAAAUUACAUAUUUUAUAUCAUUUGGUCAGGUUAUACUCUGCUCAGAGCAAAUGCCUAGUUUAUGUAAAGAAUAGGCAUCAAGCUAGAGUUAUUGCCAACAAAUUUACUAAUGCUUGUAGACUCGGUCGUGAUUUGUCAAAGAGUACCAGGGGAAGCAUGCUUGAAGAUUUUAUCAGGGGCAAUAAAAACAUAUUCAUCGCAACCAGUACCAAAUAUUCAAAGGAUUUAUCCCGAGUUUCACAGUACAUAAUCAACAUAUCUCCGAUGUCCCCUAGUGCGUACAAGGCUAAAACAAUUAAUUUUAAGGGAAAAUGCAUUACAUUAUAUGACAAAACGGAAUAUCCACUUGUAGUGGAUCUAAUUAGGAAUCUGAAAAAAACGUUCAAAGUUUACGUAGCUCCAACAAAUACCGAAAUUGAGAAAGUAUCUCUAGAAAAUAUUACGAAGGAACUGAUUUCUAAUGUAAAAAAUAUAGAGAAAAAUCCAUUGCAUACGGAAAUAGCCUCCAAACUAGUUGAUAAACAUGGCCCACUCAUACUAGCUUCAUUACUCAACCGACUAUGCAAUUCCUGA